AAUCCAAAAUAGCGGGAGUCUCUUCUUCCCUUCCUCUUCUUUUCUUUUCUUUUCUCUCUCAGAAAUUUAUCCUUUUGAGAGAGAUACAGACAUCUCCUUAAUCCCUAAUACUAGGUAUUAUAUUUAUUUUUGGUGGAAAUCCCCAGCUCUUUGAUGAUUUUAAUUUUUUUUGUUAAUGUUUACAAGAUAAUUUGAGAUAUGGGGCAAAGAAACAUGCUAUGCACUAGUCAGAUGGUUGAUUUAGAAGUCGAUCGACAAGGCCAGGGAUAUCUACAUCCUGAGCCCUGCAUUCUUUUCGGGGGUGUAACAAACUUCCCUCAAUCAGAUAUGCAGGCAGUAGGAAAUACAACUAAUAUUGAUGCUCAUCAUCUACCAGAGUGCUGUGAGAGUGCCGUAUAUUACGGGAUGCCACAAUAUCACGGUGUUCAACAUCAUCCUCAGCAUCAUGCUCCAAAUCUUGAUUUAGGCAUGGCUACUGGACCCAACUUUUAUGUUCCUUUUAUGAACUCAUCUUCAGGUGUUCCUUUAAGUCAUGGGUCGUGUGAUCAUUUACCAUCUUCAAGGUAUUAUGGAAUCGUUGGAGUUUCUGCGGAUGAGUAUGGAAUAAAUAGUCAUUUCAUGGAUAAUGCCAGAGGUUCAUACAAGAGAAAAAAUGCUGAAGGUAAUCCGGGGAACUUCCAGUAUCUGAAUGCCUCAGCAAGCUCCAGUUCUUCAGUGGCCCCAUUGAGCAAUAGACAUCCUGAUGGGGUUGCUCUGAUGGAUGCUACGUCCUAUGCUCCACCUCAGUACAGAGGGAAUAGUACUCCGUCGAUUAGGGAAGUGGGAUCUCAUAGAAGUGUUAGAAACAGAUUGGGUGCUACUGGGCUGGAUCCUGCUCUUGCGCAUAUUCAAAAUCAUUUUAUUCAAGGAAACUACAUAAAUCAGCCUUUCCAGCCUGCUGGUUGUAUGUGGUUGGAUCAACAUUGCAAUUCUGGUGAAGCGGGAACCUCAGCAUGGACCCAGACCCCUUCAAUUACUUACAUGCAUGGGAACAAUGUAAAUGGGGCUUCUAUUGACGGCGGAAGCAUGGGGCCACAGCGAUAUCAUGAUCUAUUUAGCAACAGAAAUAACACAGGCUUUUUGCAUCCCUCGCCUCCCAAUAUCCGACACCACAAUUUUCAUCAUCUGCCACCACCUAUUCAAGGAAUGAGAGGCCACAAUCUCAAUCUUCUUCCUCAAGUAUCAGCCACUUCUUUUAGAGGUCCUACAAGCUAUGCCUCGCAGAGCAAUUUGAAUCCAUCUCAAGAUGGUUUGGAUAUGGGAAUGAGGCAUCCAGGAUCUAUUCAGCCAACUGGCCUUCGGAUAUACAGGCCUCACCAUGAGGGAGUCAUAUCUGAGACGACCUUAAGCCACCGUAACCUUCCUCAUCUGAGAGUCCUGCCAACUGAUGGAGUUGCUUUGCUAGAAUUCUCCGACUAUUAUGAAGUUGAGAAUUAUGUUGACCAUCAUAGUGAUAUGCGGUUGGAUGUAGAAAACAUGUCCUAUGAGGAACUUCUUGCACUGGGGGAGCAGAUCGGCAACGUGAACACUGGAUUAUCAGAGGAAUUUAUCAGAAGUCAAUUAAAGACUCGAACAUAUUUAUCAUUUCCAUUCUCGAUCAAUUUGGAAGAGACUGCUAGUAUGGAUCAAGAACCUGAUUCCUGCAUUAUAUGCCAGGAUGAUUAUAUGAGCGAAGAGAAGAUAGGAAGUCUUAGAUGUGGGCAUGAGUACCACGCAGAUUGCUUGAAGAAGUGGCUGCGCGUGAAAAACUUCUGCCCAAUCUGCAAGUGUGAAGCGUUGCCGACCUUCCGAAAAGAUGUAUAGGAGCAGUGCCUUGAAGAAAAUAAAAAAAGAUUGAUGUUUGAAAACGCUGCUGCUGCUGCUUGCUUGCACUUUCUGCUAAUUAUUUGUUGCUACUUUUGGCAUGUAAUUUGUACAUUUUACUUGCAGAUAUAGAACAAACUAACAGUGACGCUGUGUAGAAUGAUUUAUUUGUUGGCCUGGCCCUGUAUUUAUCAAACCUGUACAGACUUGUUCCUUGUGCAUUUGCUGCUGUAUUAUCAAAUCAGAUUUUCUCA